GUAUAGUCCUGCUGUCAGGUGACUGUAGGUGUCAGAAUUUUUCGUAGAAUUUGCGAAACGUCGUGAUAACAGACGUACAUGUGGCUCUGGCUAAUUUCAGUGUCAUCCACGGGUCACCCAUCAUCCAGGGGUCAGGCCAUUUGGGUCUGAUCAGAUACAUGUAGACCUUUUCUGAUAUCAUCUUAUCAGCUGAGAGCAAACACGCAGUCCAAUAAACUUACAAAAAACACAGCCAGUAAUCAGCCACCCACUGACGAGCCAUGGAGGCACGUACAGCAGCGAGAGUGGUGACCGCCCCGGAUGACUGGGAUUCACUGGUACCCGACCAGCCCUCCGGUCCACUGGAUGAAUACAGGCAGCGGGCAUCGUUCAAUUGGAAAGAGAUGAAACUGGUAGUGGACGGGGAAGGCGCGGUCCGAUUUAAACACAACCUGUGGUCCCAGUUGGAGAAUGAGACGGUCUACCAGCACCCUCACCACGAUGUUGGGCUAGCGGAAGACCGGGAGAUCACCCAUCGCCGCCUCAAGCGCCUGAUGGAGCUGAACGUCUUGCCCAUCGAGAACCUGAUGGAGAACAUCUCCCAGAUGCAGUGGAUGGUGGACGGCGUGGGGGCUUACGACAUGUCGCUGUCUAUCAAGUACAUGCUCAACUAUCAGGUGUUUCUAAGCUCCAUUGUGUCUCUGGGAAGGGAGCAUCACAUGAAAUAUGCAGAACAGUCCCAGGCUUUGAAGAUCUGUGGAUGCUUUGCCCUGACGGAGCUUGCUCAUGGUAGCAACACAAAGGCCAUGAGAACUACAGCAACCUUUGAUCCAAAAACACAGGAAUUUGUCCUCAACACCCCUGACAUCGAAGCUGCCAAGUGCUGGGUGGGCCUGUUGGGCAAGACGGCCACCCACGCCGUCCUGUACGCCCAGCUCUACACCCCAGACGGGGUGUGCCACGGGCUGCACGUCUUCAUCGUCCCCCUGCGGGACCCCAAGACCCUCCAGAGCUACCCAGGGCUGGUGCUGGGUGAUAUGGGCAAGAAGAUGGGGCUGAAUGGGCUGGACAAUGGGUUCGUCUUGUUCAAUAACUACCGCAUUCCUAAAGAAAACCUUCUUAACAAAAUGGCUGAUGUGUCUCAAGAUGGCAAAUACAUCACACCUCACAAGGAUCCCAACAAGCGUUUCAGUGCCUCGCUGGGCUCCCUAUCUGCUGGUCGUAUCGGCAUUGCGAGCGUAGGCGUCUGUAAUCUGAAGAAAGCCAUGACUAUCGCUGUCCGUUACUCAGCCGUCCGGCGACAGUUUGGGCCAACAGAUAAUGGUCAAGAGAUCCCAGUCAUUGAAUACCAAAUGCAGCAAUGGCGAUUGGUUCCGUAUAUUACAGCCAUGUACGCCCAGCAUAUCUUCAUGAACUACUUGUUCGAAAACUUCCAUGAUUUCACCAUAGCGACGUUAUCUGGCAAGACAGACGAGAGACACGCAGAGAUGGGUAAGGAGAUCCACGCCCUUUCGUGCUCCAGCAAGUCGCUGACAACAUGGACAGCUCGGGAUGCCAUCCAAGAAGGCAGGGAGGCGUGCGGGGGACACGGCUUCUUGUACGCCAGUGGUUUUGGACAGCUGCGGAACGACCAUGAUCCCAACUGUACCUAUGAAGGUGACAACAACGUCCUAUUGAUACAGACCAGCAACUACCUGAUGGCAUUUGCCCAGGCCAAGAAAGGAGGUGAGAGGAUUUCUUCUCCCAUGGGCUCAGUGGAUUUCUUGAAUGAUAUGGAUAGCAUCGCCGAGCAGCGCUUCACGUUCACCCAGGAGCAGGAUGUUUUGAACCCAAGAGUUGCUAUUGCUGCCUAUCAGUGGUUGGUUGUCUACUUGCUCAAUGAGAGUGUUGCCAGAGUCCAGGCUGAAAGCAGCAAGGGCAAAGAUGCCUUCACCGCUCGCAACGACAGCCAGGUGUACUACUGCCGAUCGCUUGCCAUCGCUUUUACCGAGCACACUAUUCUGAACACUUUGUACAAGUUUAACCAGAGAAGCACCAUCCCUUCAUCCCUCCGAGACGUCUUACAGAAACUCUGCAGCUUGUAUGGUCUGUGGUCUCUUGAGAAACAUUCGGCAACUCUUUAUCAAGGUGGGUAUUUCUCUGGCAGCGGUCCAGCCCAUCUGAUCCGAGACGCCAUCCUGACCCUCUGCUCUCAGCUCAAAGAUGAAGCUGUGGCCCUCGUGGAUGUCUUUGCCCCACCUGACUUCAUCCUGAAUUCCCCCAUCGGUGCUUCGGACGGACAGGUGUACAAGCGCCUGUAUGCCUCCUUCCUGCGGACCCCCGGCAGCUUGGAACGACCCCAUUGGUGGAAGGAGUUUGUUGACAAGCCAGUCAUAGCAAAGCUAUGAGCACCACGGGGAAAAGAAUGUUGCAUCCUGACUCCACUUUUCUCAUCAUAUAUCAUCUCAGUAAUAGUCAGUCAUUACAGAA